AUGGGGGAGAAGUAUUCCUGUUUCGAGUGCGGGAAAUGUUUUUCAUACAAAACUAGACUUUACAUAUAUCAGAGAUCUUACACAGGUGAAAAGCCAUAUGUCUGUCCUGAGUGCGGGAAAUACUUUUCAGUGAAGCUUAGUCUUCAUACACAUCAGAGAUCUUACAUGAAGGAAAAAUUGCAUACCUGUCCGGAGUGCGGGAAAUGUUUUUCAUAUAAGUCUAGACUUUACAUAUAUCAGAGAUCUUGCAGAGGUGAAAAGCCAUAUGUAUGUCCUGAGUGCGGGAAAUACUUUUCAGUGAAGCCCAGUCUUCACACACAUCAGAGAUCUUACACGGAAGAGAAGUUGUAUACCUGUUCGGAGUGCGGGAAAUGUUUUUCAGAGAAGCCCUUUUCUUCAUAUAUGACAGAGAUCACAUACGGGGGAAAAGCCGUAGGAACUGAACUGUAUGUAUUGAACUAUAUGUUUAAACUAUAUGUUUAA